ACUUCGAUUCCCGCUUUUCAUUUGAGAGAGAGUGAGAGAGAGAGAGAGAGAGAGGAUGUUUGGGAGAAUCAGAGCGUCGUCUUCGGCGCCGGAGAGCCUGGAGAGGCCGCCUUCCAAGAUUUUUAAAGCUGAUUCUCUGUCCAUCUACGAGGCUACACUUGCGAAGCUCAAAUUAGGUUCUCAACGUGAGCUAAGCUCACCCUCGGAGCAGACAGAGCAUGUAGAAAUGGAUUCUGAUUCAAGCUCAUCCGCUGCUUGGGCUGCUAGUAAUUCAAAGAGUUCACAAGACACUGUAAUCUUCCCUCAUGAUAAGGUGGCAAUGGAUACACAGUGUUCUUCCAGAGCUGGUUCACCGGGUUCAGUUGAUUCGCAUUCCACGAGCAGUACAAAGGAGUAUGGGAACAGGAAUCAUUCAGUUAUUUAUCUCUUCUCUAAAUUUAAGAAUUCUCGAGAGGUUGUAUGUUCAUCCAGUGAGGGUUCACUGCCAAUAGAGGAUGGUUGUUCUGCCAGUGUUUUAACAAGUUCAAGUGCCUAUAAAUUUCCUGGUAGCAUGGAAUUGCAGAUAGAUCAGGAGUGUUUUUGCUCUUUACCUAUAUCUCAUUGGUAAGAUUUGAACAAGAAGUUUGAUCUGGAUAAAGUAUUCAGAAAAUUUGAAUGUUGCCUAGUCGAGGGCAGAGCAUGAUUUGGUAUUGUGCAAGUUCAAGUUUGUCUACCUCAAAACCGAUUCUUUUCCCUGUUGUAUAAACUUGCACCCCCAAUUCCCACUGAUAUGAGGAAGUGUCAAAAAGAGUCGGCUAUCAAAGUUUACCAUUAUUCUUGGAUAUGGUGAUACGUAUCUCGUUUUUUUUUUUUUUUUUUCCCUUUUUGUGAGGGGUGUUGGUAUUCCACUGACAACAUGAAGACAAGACAAAUUUUCUGGAAAAUUCCUGCUUAGUUUCAGAUUUAAAAGUACUGAGGGUGUCAUCAAAACUGCAUCGGUCAGAGACUUGAGCGUCAAGUGACAUAGCCAUGGUGCUUGAGCCGGUGUCCACUGACAUAGUUCACCUUCUUUGAACCAGAGAGGCUGCAGCGAAGCAAAUUAUGAGAAGUGGGGGGUUUCAUGUCGUUUCGAUCAAGCUAGGUGAUUACUGAUUGCGGUUUAAAAUGAUAGCAUGAAAAUGUAGCUAAUGAAGACAUGAAAAAGAAUAUAAUGAUUGUGAUGCAUGAACUUUGGUUUU